GAUAUAACUAGCUAUAAGUAAGAUGAUGAGUGUUAAGGUUGAGGGAAUAAGCUUGUUUUCUAUUGCUUUCUUAAUUCUUGCUUCAGUAUCAAUGGCUAACCCAUUGCAGGUUGGUUUUUAUCGGCACACAUGCCCAUCGGCGGAGUCCAUCGUAAGGCAGACCGUGAGCGAUGCAGUAGCCAAGGAUCCAGGGCUGCUUCCGGCAAUCAUUAGGAUGCAUUUUCAUGACUGCUUUGUUAGGGGAUGUGACGCUUCCAUCCUCCUAGACUCAACCCCGGACAACAGAGCCGAGAAAGAAUCACCGGUCAACAACCCUAGCCUCCGUGGCUACGACCUCAUCGAUGCCGCCAAGACCUCCAUCGAAUCCGCCUGCCCCCACACCGUCUCCUGCGCUGACAUCAUCGCCUUCGCAGCCCGCGACUGUGUCGACAUGUCCUCCUCCGGAAAAAUCACCUAUUCUGUCCCUGCUGGUCGCCGUGAUGGCCGUGACUCCGUCGAGGCCGAGGUCAUCCAAAACCUCCCUCCACCAACGUCCAACGAUGAGCAACUCAUAUCCAACUUCGCCAGCAAGGGCCUGACUCUCGACGAGAUGAUCACUCUCUAUGGGGCUCAUUCGACCGGGGUCGCCCACUGCUCGACUUUUGCGGCCGACAGGCUGUAUAACUCCACCUACCCGUCGAAUAUUGAUCCGGCGUUUGCUGAACAGUUGAAGGGUCAGUGUCCGAGGGGCGAUAAUGCCGGUGAUCCAACGGUUGUUCUUGAUAUUCAGACGCCGGAAAAGUUGGAUAAUGAAUACUAUUUGAAUUUGGUGAAGAAGAGGGGAGUGCUGGGGUCGGACCAGACUCUGUGGACUAGUCGGUCGACUGCUGGGUUUGUGGCGAGGAACGCGAAGGAUGCGGAGGGAUGGGGGGCUAAGUUUGCAACGGCGAUGGUGAGGAUGGGAGGUAUUGAGGUGAUGACUGGGGAGCAAGGGGAGGUUAGGGUGAGGUGCAGGGUUAUCAAUUAA